AUGGCAACUGCGGUGCCGGGCGAGGCACCAAGCACUGGUGGACAGCGCGCUGGCAACGUCGUCGACGCUGCUGAGCCCGCCGAGUGUGCUAUGUCCGAAGCUUCUGAGGCGCACCCGAUGAAUGAGCAAUACGACUGUAAGAACGAGGAGGAAGCAGAGGCGGUGGCGGCGGCAACCGGUGCAGACGCAUCGACCAAGUCGCCGACCGCUCACCUCGACGGGCUGAACGUCGAGGAACUGAAGGCGUUGUUGGUGGAGAAGAAGAAGGGAUGGGUGAACCUGGAUCGCUUUAAGGACCGCGAGGCGCUCGUCAAUGCCAUCUUUGGUAUGGAGCAGAAGGAGGCGGCGCAGAUCGCGUUCCGCGCAGAGGUCGCCGCAGCCGCACGCUGGUAUGCGGAGCACCAAUCGCAGCUCAAAGCAGCACAUCACCGGGCCAAGGGUAGCCGCACUCGCCGAAACAGCGCCGAACCGGCAGCCGCUGGCGGCUCCGACGGCGACGAGGCACAGCACGAAGUGCUCGUCCUCUACAACGAAGCCAACGGUUAUGGUUCGAAGUUUGAGGUGCUUCGCAAGGAACUGCAAGAAUCGGAAGUAGUGAGUCUGCCGAACCUGGCUGACCUUCAAAUUGUUGGGCAGGCGUACCCGAUGAGUCCCAGGCGAGUCCUGAUCAGCAAGGCGUUGCAGGGGGCUUUCUUCGGCACGCUAGGGCUUGCCCUUAUGGGGGAUCAACUGAAGUUCAUCCCGGAGUCGGUGCUCGCUGUCCUGCGCGCACGUCGUGGCCUCAUCACCAGCACCGGCUUCCUGCUCAACGUGCUGAGUCGAGCGGCGCUGCAGAACAAUGCCUUCGAGGUGUUUUUGGACGGCGAACUCAUCUACUCCGCCCUGAACGCGAGUGGGCGAGUGCCGACGGCAGAGCUGUUGAGCAACCUCCUCCUCGAGCGAACGCUCUUGAAGGACUACUACGCAGCUGCGAAGACAGCGAGGGCGUAG